GCGGCCUAGGUCUCCGCCCCACCCCCAGAGGUCAAUUCGCUGCUAGUCACUGCGCGGCGGAAAAGUUCUGUGGGUUUCUGUAGUCUCUGUUGCCUCCUUUGCUUUCAUCUCUGCAGCAUGGCUUUCGUAACCCGGCAGUUCGUGCGCUCUGUGUCCUCCUCAUCCACUGCCUCCGCCUCGGCGAAGAAAAUCAUCAUCAAGCACGUGACGGUUAUCGGCGGGGGGCUAAUGGGCGCCGGCAUCGCCCAGGUUGCUGCAGCAACUGGCCACACAGUAGUGUUGGUGGACCAGACAGAGGACAUACUAGCGAAAUCUAGAAAGGGGAUUGAGGAAAGCCUUAGGAAAGUGGCCAAGAAGAAGUUUGCAGAAACCCCCAAGGCAGGCGAUGAGUUUGUGGAGAAGACCCUGAACAGCCUAUCAACCAGCACGGACGCAGCAUCUGUGGUCCACAGCGUGGACCUGGUGGUGGAGGCCAUCGUGGAAAACCUGAAGGUGAAGAACGAGCUCUUCAAGAGACUGGACAAGUUUGCCUCUGAACACACGAUCUUUGCCAGUAACACAUCCUCUCUGCACAUCACGGACAUAGCCAAUGCUACCACAAGACAGGACCGAUUCGCCGGGCUCCAUUUCUUCAACCCAGUGCCCAUGAUGAAGCUUGUGGAGGUCAUAAAGACACCAAUGACCAGCCAGAAGACGUUUGAAUCUCUGAUAGACUUCAGCAAAGCCCUGGGAAAGCAUCCUGUUUCUUGUAAGGACACUCCUGGGUUUAUUGUGAACCGUCUCCUGGUGCCAUACUGCAUGGAAGCAAUCAGACUGCACGAACGAGGUGAUGCGUCCAAGGAAGACAUCGACACCGCCAUGAAGCUGGGGGCUGGGUACCCCAUGGGCCCGUUUGAGCUUCUCGAUUACGUGGGCCUGGAUACUGUGAAGUUCAUCAUGGACGGGUGGCAUGAAAUGGAUGCGAAGAACCCCUUGUUUCAGCCCUCCCCGUCCCUGAAUAAGCUGGUAGCGGAGAACAAGUUUGGCAGGAAGACCGGAGAAGGGUAUUACAAGUACCAGUGAGGCACCGCUCCUCCGGCUCCGGGAAGGACCCCCGUAAGCACGCACCGCAGCCUCCCAAGUGCCCGUGGGAGUGUCCGCGGUCAGACGUCCCUCACACAGCACAGGCGGCUCCGUGUGCAUUUUGCUUGUCCUCUAUCUGGAGUCAUGAUUUACACUAGUUCUAAUAAUAGCAGAUUCCUCCAUUGAGAACUAAUUCCCUUUUUCAGUCUGUUCAUUUCUGUGUAUUUUCUAAAAAGCUUUACACCCUGGGUGCCUUGGAGCAAACAUUUUUCUCAAACCGUAUCAUUUUUAUGAAGAAUUGCCGGGGCUCCUUCACUCGUCAAGGGGCCGGCGCUUCCUCCGAGGGCGGCGCCCGCGUCCUGCCUUUAUGUGAACAUCCGCUACCUGCGGCUCCCAGAAGCCUUACCCUACAUUUUGGGCAUAAGAUGUCAUGUCUUUAUUCACCUCAUACUGUUGGAUUGUGGGAAUAUCUCCAUGUGCUUGGUUUGCAGGAAGAGGUUUCAUUCACAUCCAAAAUCUGAAUGAUUAUUGUCUGUCUCUUUUUUUUCCCCCAUGAAAAUCGUUGAUGUAAACUGCCUGUAAAUUGAUUCUAAUACAAUGCUGUCUUUUAAUCGGUGAAAAUUUGAAUUGAAAUAAAUGUUAUAAUUUAAAAAUCGUAA